AUGUUUCCUUGGUCUGCUGUCUUCUCCUUGGAACCCAGAGUCCCAGGUCAGCGCAGCAGUGAAGAACUGGUCACCAACACUCUCAUGUUGGAGUUGGGGGCCAUGGUGAAACGCACCGAACGCAUCCGUCUGGAGCAGGCCGCAGAGGGUCGGCGCCGGCGUCGCAGCUCCUCCUCCACAGCUGAUUACAGCUGGCUUUGCAAUACCCCUAUGCCACAGCCCUACCAGCUGACACCCAAUGACCUGCUGGAACUGCAGGACCUCUGUGCCAAGAUUCCUCCUGCACAGUGUGGCCCUGUGAUUGUUAGGUGAGAGAGACUGCACGACAGAAAAUUAUAAAUGUAGAGAGUAUAGACAGAGAGUAUAGUAGCUGUAGCUGGAAUCUUAUAUAUAAAAGGACAAACACCAAGAACUCAAGCAGGAACAUGGUUUGUGAAUAAGGAACAGAGAGACCAGGGAGUUUAUCUUGUUGAAUCUGAAUUAUUUCUUUUAGAGUCUACAAACAGGAUAUCAGAAAAGGUGUAUAACCAGCCUGGCCAGGGAUAUGUUCAGAAUUUUUUGACCAGCAUGACCCAACUAGGGCCCUGAUGUAUGCAGAGAUGUUGGAAGUUUGAGUCUGUGCACACACAUAUACAGCAUUUAUUUACCUUUAAUGUUUUUGUCUCUGCUGAUCAUUCAUUCCUAUACUUACUCCCGAGUGUGAGCAUGUAAAUCUUCUGAGUUUAGUUCUGUAAGUAAUUAAAUAGGAGAUGUGUGCCCAAAGUAACUGUGUUAAGCACUACCUAAGGGAGUAGUAGAAGUGGUAGUAGUGUUGUUUAAUCUUGUUUCUUUUUGUUUGUCAUGACUGUGAUCACACUUUAAAUGUGGAUUUGAGUGUUAUAUAAUGCUGCUCCUCAUCAUCGGUCAUUUUCAAACUGCAGGUUCAGGAGGUUGGUGUCACAGACUGAGCCUGAUGUCCAUGAGGUUCCUCGGCUGUUUCGCUCAGUUUUACACAAGUGUGUGGAUGAGCUGAACAGAAACAAUGAAGCACAGAUGCAAGACACUUUCUUUGAAAAGCAACAGCGCAGCAAAAGCCUCUCUUUCAUUACUUUCCGCACCAAGUUCCGCACAGGGCAACUCUUCAGGGGUGGGGCCAUUAGAGGUUCCAGGGGGGAUCUGCAGCAGGCAGUGGGUUGGUUAGAUGGGGAGGAAGAUGGAGAGGGAGAGGAGGAGGCCAUCAAGGUUAGGACAAGGAGGGGGAGGAGUAGAAGCAUGCCAGAUAUCUGCCCUAUGGAGCAGAGUGCCCAGGGAUGA